AUGGCCGAAGCAACAGACAAAGAGGGGCUUCGGCAGCGUAAUGCCCCGCUGCAAGCUAAGUCAACAGAUGAAGCGCGGCAGACAGUCCUAGAGCUCAACGCUCUCGAAGACCAGAAAGAUGUCGCCGACGAGAAGGAUAAGAAGACUUUCGGCCGCACGCCCGACGGAACAGUAUUUACAGUUCCGUACACACACGACAUGGUGUCGCAGUUACUGUCUCCAUCGGAGCCCAAGAACAUAUCUGACAUUGCAGUCUUGUUCGUUCUUGCCGUCCACAUCUUCACCCUAUGGGCACUCCCACCAGGCUAUCGGAUACCGGUAUUUGGCUGCAUCUAUGCCUUCUGGAGAGCUGGCUACAAUGUCGGCAUUGGCUAUCUCCUGCACAUGCAAUCACACUAUCAAAUGCUGGUGCGAUGGGCGCGCAAAUCCAAAAUCUUCGUCAACCCUGCAACGGGCAAGAAUCCUCGACCUGGGCUGUACCGUUUCCUCAAACGCGAGUUCGAGACCAAGAUCCCGAAGGACUACGACUUCGCUGCGGCACCAAUCGAAUACAAUACAUGGCUACUCUUCAGGCGAGUCGUCGAUCUGAUACUCAUGUGUGACUUUGUGUCGUACUGCCUGUUUGCAUUCGCCUGUGCUCAUCAGCCGGCGGGAGAGGGAACCCUCAUGACUGUAGGAAGAUGGCUGACCGGCACAACACUCUUUGCCUUCAACAUAUGGGUUAAGCUUGAUGCCCAUCGAGUGGUCAAGGACUUUGCUUGGUACUGGGGCGACUUCUUCUAUCUGAUCGACCAAGAGCUCAUUUUCGAUGGUGUCUUCGAGAUGGCCCCUCACCCCAUGUACUCCAUUGGAUACACUGGCUACUACGGGAUGUCCUUGAUGGCUGCCAGCUGGACUGUGUGCUUCGUCUCCGUCGCGGCUCAUGCAGCUCAGUUCGCGUUCCUUGUCUGGGUCGAAAACCCUCACAUUGAACGAACUUACAGCUCUCCACCACCUCGCCGACAGGUCCAUACGCCACCACGAACAGCCAGUGGCCAGCGCCCGCCACCGUCAAGGACCGACACGGCGGAAACACCUGUCACUCACAACUUGCUUGGCCUCCAGAACAUUGAUUUUCAUCGCACGACGGACUCCUCAAUCUUCAUUAUACAACUGCUGUCGUUAGCUGUCACACUACUGACUCCAACAACGCCUGCCAUUCGAGCACUCUUUGUCUUCUUUGCAGGUCUCUGCCGAAUUUGGUACUCGGUUGGUAUCGGCUUCUUACUCAAUCGACAGUCGAACAAGAAGCGCUGGACUCGCCACUUUCUCAAAUAUGGUGAAAGCACUUGGGAAGCGUGGCGACAGUGGAAGGGUACAUAUCAUCUCAGUAUGACCAUGUGCUACGCUUCAUUCGUCGCCGCGGCGUGGAAAAGUUACACCUUCCCUGAGGACUGGAGCUCAAGCCUGGUACUAUUCAAGCAUGUCAUCGGAUCUGGUCUCAUUGCGCUACAAGUUUGGGUGGCUGCCAGCAUAUAUGGUCAGCUCGGCGAAUUUGGCUGGUUUUUUGGCGACUUUUUCUUCGACCAACAUCCAAAGCUUACUUAUGGUGGUAUCUAUCGCUUCCUGAACAAUCCAGAACGAGUCCUUGGACUGGCUGGUCUCUGGGGCAUUGCGCUCAUCACCAGCAGUAAGUCUAUCUUCGGACUAGCCUUGCUGAGCCAUACCCUGAGCUUGGCCUUCAUUCAAUUCGUCGAACGACCACACAUGCAGAAGCUGUACGGACGAAACCUGCGACAGGAUGCUGGCCUGGUACGUAGCCUGCGUCGAUCACUACCGCCGCCAUUCCGAGACUGGCAAGAGAACUUGGACAAAGUGCUCAGUGAUUCGUUCGACCAAGUGGAAAACCUCUUGGACUCUGCUCGACCGAAACUCCUCGAUGGAGUAAACCACAUGGCUCACGAAUCGAGAGAGUUCUUCAGCAAGUAUCCGAGCCUCUUUCAGAUGAAUAGGUUCUCCUCUGAACUCGUCGGUAUUGACACAGAGGAGUAUUCUUUGGAAAUCAUGGGCGGCACCGAGCCAUCGCCAGACGGCAAACACCUUCAAAUCGAAUAUGGCUCGCCGAUCAAAGUGCAAUGGACCGCGCCUCUCGAUCACUCCAGACUUGACUGGGUUGGUCUCUACAAGGUCUCCGACAACCCUUCCAAAGACUCAACAAAGGUCCCUUCGCAAGGCAGAUGGAUCGCCACCAACAAGGGCGAAUUUGAUCUCCUCAACUCCGAAGACGGUAUUCUCACAAGCGACGCCCGCACAAAGCGCACUAGCCCUCACACAGGCCAGCCUGAAGAGUGUGUCACAGGCAGCAUGCUUUUCUCCGGCGACAAGCUCUUCUGGACAAUCGGCGUCUACGAAUUCCGUUACCACCAUGCCGGUAAGCACAACGUCCUUGCCCUGUCGCCCAGAUUCGAGAUCAAGAUUCCACACUGGAAAGAAGAGGAUCUUGCUGUCACUAUGGGUCCGACUAUGACGGCGCAGACUGAGGCGUAUGUCCGUCAGGAUAUCGAGCGACUUUUGUUACCUGUCGUCCAGAACUGCUUCGAUCGGGACCCGGACAUUGCACCAUCCACAAGUCGGGAAGUAUUCGGAGGAUUAGUAGAGAGGGACGGAAAGUUUGCGAAGCGGGUAGUGUACGCGUUGCAGGAGAUGUUUGGGAUCGAGUUUGCGCCCGAGGUGGUCAAGGCAGAUGGCAAGGUCGAGAACCUGGCGUGGAGGGUUUGGGAGGCGAAGAAGGUUUUGGCUCCUUACAGCAUGACGCAGAGUCGUGGUACAGCUACGCCGGUCGAAACGUCGUCGCCCGUAGUUCGAAUACAAUGA